GUGUGGUUGUUGACUAUUUUAAAAGGGGAAGAGCUGUGAUGCAAAUGGAGGACAUACCUAAACGCUUAAAUGGACAACGUGCUCGGCUGUGUAUUGGUCGCGUUUCUAGCACUGACACUUUUGUUCAUUCCUCGCGAGUGGGCCGUUACGUUCGGAUACGGAUCAGACAAGGGGCCGCCCAUGCGGCUCCUGAGCACGGCUGAAUUAUCAGCGUACGACGGGGAGGAAGGCAGCAAGGGCCUUUACCUGGCCGUACUGGGCCAGGUGUUUGACGUCCACAAGGGGCACAAGCACUACGGACCUGCUGGUGCUUAUCACUCUAUGGCAGGGAAAGAUGCCUCCCUGGCCUUCAUCACUGGGGACUUCACAGAAAGUGGCCUGUCAGAUGAUGUGUCCAGUCUGUCCCCACUGCAGGUGGUGGCCCUUUAUGACUGGCUGGCCUUCUAUCAGAAGGAAUACCAAAGUGUAGGUCUGUUAAUAAGCCGGUUCUAUACCGAGACUGGGCAGCCCACAGAGGCCAUGUUGCAGGUGGAAGCAUUACUAGCAGAGGGCCAGCGAAUCAAGGCCCAAUCUGAGGCAGAGAUGGUACACUUCCCAGCAUGCAACUCGGAGUGGAGCGCUGCCAGGGGAGGAAGAGUCUGGUGCUCCAUUAAGAGCGGUGGAGUGGAAAGAGGCUGGGCAGGUGUCCCGCGAAAGCUCUUCUCCCCAGGCUCCAGUAGUGUUCGCUGUGUCUGUGUUGAAGACCCAUCUGCAGCAGAGGAAGACCCCAACCUGCAGAAAUAUGACGACUGCCAUCCGCAGGCCAACUCAUGCUCUAUUGAAGAGUUUUAAUCCCUGGACAAGCCCAGAAAUUGGACAUAUUCAUUGCCUGUUUUUUUGCUUGUUUUUUUAAUAGCAUAAUCCUCAGGGACAUAACUUAUUCACAAUAAAAAGGACGAUUUAA